AUGUGUCGUCUGCCUCAGCUAGAUCCAGCCAAAGGGCUCCAGCUUAAGUCGAACUGGGAUGACGCAUCUUCAUCGGAGAUCACCCUUCCUUCACCUCCUCCCCCGCCCACCCGAAAUCAAGGAGGUAAGCUUGGUUGGGCUCAUCUGCACAAGAAUUUCCUGUACUUUGCAGUGACUCAAUGGCCGUACUCCUCGGUCGAAGUCCUGUCGAAACAGCAAGUCAAGCGUCCGUUUCAUGAGUAUGCUUUCGAGAAAUCUAGUAGAUCGGAUAUUUGCCCUAUUUCACUUUAG